AAUAUUUGCUUGUUGGCGUGUAUUGAAAAUUUGAGCGCGUACCAUUAAGCGUGGGAAGAUUAGGAGAUGGGAAAUCAUCGGGAGUUUUUGAAAACUCAAACUCUCUAUUUCAUGUACCGCUACGAUCAGCAGCACUAUCGCAAAUACUGUACAAAAAAAUAACAGACUACACCGCAAUUUCUUCAACAGAUGGUGUUCAAUGUCUUGUCUCGGAAUUUUAAGGGAUUAGCAAACUUUUUUAUUAUUUUUAUAUUAUCAACAAACACUCCAACUUGAAAUAUCUUUUGAUUAUUUUUCUAUUUAACCAUAGGUCUAACCAAAAGACAAAGUUAUCAUAAAACAUUGAAUGUACAUUAUUUUCUAAUACAUCCCUUAAUGCUAUCAAUGUUAUAAUGCAAUUGUAAAAUGAAUGGAUAUUAAGUUGGCUGGUAUGUUUGGCGUUUGCGUUCUUUUUUUUGUUCAGAUUUUUCAUAUUGAAAAUGAAUGUUUUUGUGAAUUUUUUCAUGAGUUAAGAAUAUAGUGAUUACAUUUUUUUAAAGAUCGAUAUUGUUUUUUAAUUCUUCCAAUUCCCUUGUUGAAUAUUGCUUCACUCGUACGAGUAACAAGAAUUGUCGAAUGAUCAAAAGUUCGAAGGUUAGAGCGAAAGCAAUACAUUUUUCCAUUCGAGUUCUAAACCAUGGAUCCGCAGUUUCAUACGGAACUCAUAUUGAAAUCGGAGGAUAUUGAUACCGGACACAGCACACCUCAAUUCUCGGAUGACAGUAAAACACCUGUUUCCGAUAGCCCUGAAGGUUCCAUAGGAAUAAGACCAAGACCGUUGAUCUGUAAACCAGAAAACAUAGAUUGUAAAUCGGAGCCUAUUGAAACAAAGUGGCAUUGGGCACCAGGAGCUUGGCAAGAUGCUACAAGAACUAGUGCUUUCCAACCGUACAAGCCACCAACGUUGCUCACAAACUUGCAAAGAGGCAACACAAAGACUCAGAUUCCAUUGUUAUAUGCCAGCAGCGAUAUUACGUUCCAUACCCUCGCAGGUCAAGGAGAACUCACACCAGAGAACAUAAAUUCUGAGUCUUUGGACGAGCCCGACGAGCAAGGUUUAACAGGAUUGAUGUGGGCAGCAGCGUAUGGUCAAUUGGGAAGUGCUCGGCAAUUGUUGAAAGCUGGAGCGAACAAAAACUACCAAGGUAACAAUGGGGAGACAGCACUUCAUUUGGCUGCUGCUUACGGACAUCAUGAUCUCGUGAAAUUGUUGAUUCAUUACGGAGCUGAUUGCAAUGCAACUGACGAAGAAGGAAACACACCGUUGAUAUAUGGUGCUAUCGGUGAUCAUCCUCACGUUUGUUACGAGUUGUUAACUCGAGGCGCCAACGUAACACACAGGAACGUUCACAACAUAAGCGCUUAUCACGCAGCAACAAUGAAAAAAGCAUCGACUGCCAAAGCUGUCAUUGAAAAUUAUCUCAUCCAGCAUAUUGUUAUUUAAAUCGCCCAAUUUUGAGUAUAGAUACGCUGUCGCGUUUCUAGACAAAAAUUUAUGGAAUUCCUUGACUGAUUCUUCUAAGAAGAAUCGAGGUAUUCACUAGAGUGGUAAAAAAAAGCGUUCAAUAUUCUGCAUGCCAAUCACCGUUUCAAAUAGUGCAUUUACCAUGCAAGUUUUCAUUAACGAUAACAUAGAAAAUGUCUCGUUAGGGACAAAACACCACGAAAUAACUUUUUUGAACCACCCUGGUACAAGUGCAGUGUAGAUUUGUAUAUAUUUUGUAUUACGACAGUUUUGCCGUUUUCUAUGAUUGUGUAUAUACAGUAUAAUAUUAUAUUCACCAUUGAACAUAACAAUUUAGAUAUUUAUUAGUCGAAUGGCAAGUCUCGCGAGACCUCAGUAACAUUUUUUUUGUCUGAUUAGUUCUCUUACUCGUAGUAUGUAUAUAUAUAUAUAUAUGUAUAGAAUUAUAAUGGUCGUGUGAACAUCUCCGAUUUUCCGUUCGACGAUUAAAACGUUCAAUUUUGAAAUAA